CCACAACAAACAUCAACACCUUUUGAAUCCCCUUCAAUCCCGUAAAUGAACCCCAGCCUUUCCUCGGUUCACAAGAUACACACAACCAAGUCAAAAAGGAAUCUCUGUCUUUUGCGACCUUCGACCUUUUUUUCUUCUUUUCCCCCUUGGAUCAUGAGUCGCACAUGAACACACUCCAGCAAUGUCACGCUCCUUCUCCUACGAACGUUACGACAACAGCCGCCACCGACCAGCGCGGAGCUCGCGCUCCGCCAUCACGUACUGGGUCCCGCUCGUGAUAACGGUAACUCUUGCUGCGGGAGGCAUCGCCGCCUGGGUAUGGAGCGCACGCGACGAGUACUCGUCCACCGAUCAAGAUGUCACCUCUGACGAUGAGAAUCUGAGCUACGGCGAAGAGGCCCGCGUCGCACGCGAGCGAUACGGGCGAGAUCCUCGGGGCGGUGGCGCCGAAUCCAGCGUGUCCGAAGGAGUCAUUCGCGACGACGAGUACAUAUCUGGAGGCCGCAAUGGCGCGGACGAGAGCACGUUUGUGGGUGGCCUGCACAGAGGAGUGCAGGAGGCCAUACGACGGACUCCAUCGCCGCAGCAGGCGUUUGAUUCGGUGAAGAGAUUCGGCGCUGCGGGUAUCGCAGCGGCGGGAGCCGCUGUUGGUGGUGCGCUGAGUGCCAUCCGUGAGGAGAGCACUGAGUCCCGCAACAGGCGGGAGAACAGGCAGACGGAAGAGGGCUUCUCGGACCACGAGAGGUGGAGCGAGGAGGCGGAGAAGCGUGUUGUUAGUCAUGCUGAGCAGAGCCGUGAAGCGGUCUCGGCAAACGUAACGGCAUUCGGCGAUAGCCUGAAGGAAGGUCCGAAACAGUACACGGGCGGGCGGCGAAAGAUGGUUGCGAUUGUCUUGAGCUCAGAGAUCAUGCUGGAUCAGAUGCAGGAGGAGGACGGCAAGUAUCACGCGGAACAUGCAUCCCUACUCUCCCACCUACCGCCAGUGGACCCUUCGACAACGUCAGUACACAUCUUAAUAUACAACCCCAACCCCUCAUCGGGUAAGACUCCACCGCGAGCACCAUCAUCGAUUGGAUCUUCGUACGCAGCGAUCAACACACCAGCGCAAACCCCCGGUGAGGAACUGCAGUCCCUCGAUCCCCAGCCGUAUACGCCACCAGGGACCACACCCGCGCUGUCUGCUCGUUCUUCGGGAGGCGAUCCGUACGAUUUGCUUUACAAGCAAGCUGUCCGCAUUGUCGAGGAUCCCGUCAACGUGCUCACGUUUGAGACGCCGCAGGGAUGGGUGCACAUGUGCAAGCACAUGCAACCAGACCUGGUCUACGUUGUCGACUCGCUUUCGGGUCCCAAGGGCCAGAACGUCGAGGCUGUCAAGGGAUGGGUCGGCCAGGUCGUCGUUGUAGUUGGCGGCGGCGGUACGGGCCUUGGCGGACUCAUCGACACCGAGGACGAGAGUGAUAUCAAGGGCAAGGAGAGGGCAAGCGGAGAGCGGCCGUGGUGGGUUGACAGCGAUCUGAUCGGGCUUGGCAAAGGGGUUGAGAUCGUGGAUGGGAAUCGGUUCAGCGACGACUGGGAGCGCCGUGCGGGCGGCAAGGAGUAGAAGGUCUUCGUCAAUUAGGCGGAGAUCGCAUUUGGCCACUAGGCUGUUUGCCCGUUUGGCCAGCCCUUUGACUAUUACUACCUAUGCAAAUGCCUCCACCCCGAGUCAUCGUUUUCCUGGCGAAUGUUCUCGUCUCCUCUGUUAGAAGGGAAAACCGUACAUAGCGCGACGAAUGAAAUGAUUUUUGUCUA